GGGCCUGAAGAAGGGCGCAGGCCGGAUCCUGGCGGUGGCAGCAGGCUGAACACGCGGAGCGGGGGCGACGUGCAGGAGGAGGAGCUGGCGGACAGCUCCGCUGUCAUGUCACGCCAGGCAAAGGAUGACUUCCUGCGACACUACACAGUCUCGGACCCUAGGACCCAUCCCAAGGGUUACACAGAAUACAAAGUAACCGCCCAGUUCAUCUCAAAGAAGGACCCAGAGGACAUCAAAGAGGUAGUAGUCUGGAAGCGAUAUAGUGACUUCCGUAAGCUCCAUGGGGACUUGGCCUAUACUCAUCGCAACCUCUUCCGUCGCCUAGAGGAGUUUCCGGCUUUCCCCCGUGGCCAAGUGUUUGGUCGGUUUGAAGCCUCUGUGAUCGAGGAGCGGCGCAAGGGUGCGGAGGACCUGCUGCGCUUCACGGUGCCCAUCCCUGCACUCAACAACAGCCCCCAGCUCAAGGAGUUCUUCCAGGGCGGGGAGGUGACACGGCCUUCUGAGGUGUCCAGGGACCUGCAAAUCCUUCCACCCCCUCUAAUCCCCACACCACCUCCUGAUGAGGCCAGGCUAUUUCAGCCACUGCCUGCGGAAAGGAGGGGCCAGGAGGAGUUGGAGGUGCCAGUGGAUCCCCUCCCGUCCAGCCCUGCCCAGGAGGCCUUGGAUCUUCUCUUCAGCUGUGACAGCACCGAGGAGGCUUCCAGCUCCCCAGCUCGAGGUCCCCUCUCUGAGGCUGAACUUGCCCUUUUCGACCCUUACUCCAAAGAGGAAAGUACAGGUCCCGGCCCUACCCAUACAAGUGAGCUGGCAGCCAUGGAGGUACAGUCCAAAAGACUGGACCAGGAACCCUGGGAGCCAGGCGGGCAGGAGGAGGAAGAGGCUGAGGAUGGAGAACCUGCCCCAGCUUACCUCGGCCAAGCCACAGAGCUCAUCACUCAAGCCCUGCGGAAUGAGAAGGCUGGCGCCUAUGCUGCUGCUCUCCAAGGCUACCAAGAUGGGGUGCAUAUCCUGCUUCAGGGAGUCUCAGGUGACCCAUCCCCUGCCCGCAGGGAAGGUGUGAAGAAGAAGGCAGCUGAGUACCUGAAGCGGGCAGAGACCCUUCAUGCACACUUGCCCUGAGGUGGGCCCUUCCUGGGAUGUCAGCUCCAGCACUGCCAGCCUCCUCCACUCCUCUGCUUGGGACCUGGCCUUAGUUUCUGCUCUUGUAACCCCAGGGUCAUAUCUGUAUUAACUGGAUCAAGUAUGAGAAAAGCAAAGACUUCUCAGCUCUGACCUGCCCGCCUCCUUGGAGUCAGACUUGAACUUCUGGUCCUGCCUAUCUGUUUUAUGUGAAUGGCAUCUGGGCCACUCAGCUGUCAGUUCACCCAUCUAGAGCCAGGGUCUGUAGCCAGACCUGGCCCACUGUCUUUUUUUGUAAGGUCCUCCAGGGUCGGUCUUUCUUUCUUUCUUUCUUUCUUUCUUUCUUUCUUUCUUUCUUUCUUUCUUCCUUCCUUCCUUCCUUCCUUCCUUCCUUCCUUUCUUCCUUUCUUUCCUUAUGGUUGGAAGGAAAAGGAUUCUUUGACUAGUGAAAAUUUCAUAAAAUGUAAAUACAUGUGAAUAAAACACGUGUCUGAACACAA